AGUCACUUCUCCCUACUUUUCUGCUUCUCUACUACUUGUGGUAGCUCAAGCAGUUGCGAACACUUGAUUCUCUCUUUCUUCUCUCUCUCUCUCUCUCUCUCUUGAAUCGCACAGAUAAUGGAGAGUGGAGGUGCAGGCGAUGAUUGCUUGGCUUUUGAGGUGAACGGCCGGAAGUUUGAGCUGCCGGAGAUCGAUCCCUCCACCACUCUGCUCGAAUUUCUCCGCUCCAGCACCCCUUUCAAGAGUGUUAAGCUUGGUUGCGGCGAAGGUGGUUGUGGUGCUUGUGUUGUUGCGGUGUCGAAAUAUGACUCCACGCUCAAAAAGGUUGAAACUUUCACUGUGAGUUCGUGCCUCACGCUUGUUUGCAGCAUCAAUGGCUGCUCAAUCACCACAAGUGAAGGCCUUGGAAAUACCAAAAACGGAUUUCAUCCGAUCCAUCAGAGGUUUGCCGGAUUUCAUGCCUCUCAAUGUGGCUUUUGCACUCCGGGAAUGUGCAUGUCGUUGUUCUCAGCACUCGAGAAUGCUGAGAAAUCACAACGGGCUGAGCCUCCGGAUGGAUUCUCCAAGAUAACCGCUUCUGAGGCCGAGAAGGCAAUAGCAGGAAACCUUUGCAGGUGCACCGGUUACAGACCUAUUGCUGAUGCCUGCAAGAGUUUUGCUGCAGAUGUUGAUUUAGAAGAUUUGGGAAUCAAUUCAUUUUGGAGAAAGGGAGAUAAGAAUGAAAAGAAAAUUAGUAGUUUACCAUUGUAUAAUCGAAAGGAUCGUGCCUGCUCGUAUAUGGGAGGCGAAAGCAGGUCGAAAAGGCUUUUGAAUUCUAAAAAGAACUCAUGGUAUAGCCCUGCAUCUGUCGAGGAACUUCUCAAUUUGUUGGGUUCUGAUACGGUUGGUGAGGAAGGGAGCGUCAAACUAGUCGUUGGCAACACUGCGAAUGGAUAUUACAAAGAAACGGAGGUUUACGACAGCUACAUUGAUCUGAGGUACAUCCCCGAGCUUUCAGUGGUUAAAAGGGACGAAUCAGGAAUCGAACUAGGAGCUGCUCUGUCGAUUUCAAAAGCUGUAUUAUAUCUGAGAGAAAAUAGUGAAAGUGGAGAACUUGUGUUCAGCAAAAUUGCUGACCAUAUGGAAAAGGUAGCAGCCAGCUUUGUCAGGAACUCGGCUAGUCUCGGUGGAAAUCUGAUUAUAGCGCAAAGGAAGUAUUUUCCUUCGGAUAUUGUUACAUUGCUUCUUGUUGUGGGAGCAAGUGUGAGUAUAAUGUCCGGUCAUAAACACGAAAAGAUUACAAUGGAAGAGUUCCUAAGCAGACCGCCGUUGGACUCCAAAACUGUGCUUUUGACUGUUCACAUACCUUUUCUGGACCCGAAAAGGAUCAAUGGCUCAGUUCAAACUGGUUCAAGAUUGUUGUUUGAGACCUACCGUGCUGCACCACGGCCUCUUGGCAACGCGUUGCCCUAUUUGAAUGCAGCCUUUUUAGCUGAUAUAUCUCCUGAUAAAAAUGGAAGUCUAGUGAAUAAUAUCCAACUGGCUUUCGGUGCUUAUGGAACAAAACACGCAACGAGGGCAAGGAAAGUCGAGGAGUAUCUGACGGGGAAAGUACUCAGCCUCGAAGUUUUGGAUGAAGCAACCAAACUGCUGAAAGGUGCUGUUGUAUCUGAAGAAGGCACUUCUCAUGCUGCUUACAGGUCAAGCUUAGCUGUUGGUUUCCUUUUCGAGUUCCUUAACAGUUUCUCGACUGUCAGUUCCGCAACAUCUGGUGGCUUAUCUAAGCAGAAACAGAACGAUUCGUUGCUGGAAGGGGCUAAUACAGGAAACCAGCCAUUGCUAUCAUCUGCAAAACAGGUUGUGGAGUCUAGUAGAGAGUAUGAUCCAGUGGGCGAACCGAUUCCCAAAUUUGGUGCUGCAAUGCAAGCUUCCGGUGAGGCAGUUUUCGUGGAUGACAUCCCUUCACCCACUAACUGUUUGUAUGGAGCACUUAUUUGUAGCACCAAGCCACUAUCUCGAGUCAAAGGCAUUUCAUUCAAGAAUCAUCCACGCCUAGCUCAGGCACCCGAUGUUAUUACUGCCAAAGAUAUCCCUAAAGAAGGCAAGAAUGUAGGAAGUCUGACCAUAUUCGCUGGUGAACCUUUGUUUGCAGAAGAUAUCGCUAAGUGUUGUGGUGACAUCAUAGCUCUUGUGGUUGCAGACACGCAGAAGAACGCCAAUUUGGCUGCAAAAAAUGCUUUAGUUGAUUAUAAUACAGAAGGCUUAGAUUCACCAAUUUUGACUGUUGAAGAGGCUGUGGAUAUUUCAAGUUUCAUCGACGUUCCUCCUUUUCUCUAUCCACAAAUGGUUGGUGAUUUUGCCAAAGGAAUGGCUGAAGCUGAUCACAAGAUUCUCUCCGCUGAGAUAAGACUCGGUUCACAGUAUUAUUUUUACAUGGAGACACAAACGGCUCUGGCAGUUCCAGAUGAGGACAACUGUAUGGUUGUUUACACUUCGAGCCAAGCCACCGAGUAUGCUCACAGAGUCAUUGCACAAUGCCUCGGUGUUCCUGAUCAUAAUGUCCGAGUUCACACAAGAAGAGUUGGUGGCGGCUUUGGUGGAAAGGCAGUUAAAGCAAUGCAUAUUUCGGCAGCAUGUGCCCUUGCAGCUUACAAACUACAGCGUCCUGUACGGAUGUAUGUAGAUCGAAAGACUGACAUGAUAUUAGCUGGAGGAAGGCAUCCUAUGAAAAUAACAUACAGUGUGGGGUUCAAAUCAGACGGGAAGAUCACGGCCUUGCAUCUCGACAUAUUGUUGAAUGCAGGGAUGGGUGUAGACGUAAGCCCCAUUUUGCCGAACAACAUGAUAGGCGUAUUAAAGCGGUACAACUGGGGAGCUCUAUCUUUCGAUUUCAAGUUAUGCAGGACAAACCAUUCGAGCAAAUCCGCCAUGCGUGCCCCUGGGGAGGUGCAGGCGUCUUAUAUCGCUGAGGCCAUUAUUGAGAACGUAGCUUCCUGGCUAGAAAUGGAUGUUGACUCCAUCAGGAACAGGAAUUUCCACUCGUACGAGAGCCUAAAGUUUUUCUACGGGGGUGCCUCUGGGGAGCCCGAUGAGUACACUUUGCCAUCUAUUUGGGAUAAGGUCACAAGCAUGUCUGACUAUGAUCAGAGGAUCUUGAUGGUAGAGCAGUUUAAUAGAUCCAAUUUAUGGCAUAAAAGGGGUAUUUCUCGUAUACCAAUCGUGCAUGAAGUGACUGUGAGACAAGCCCCUGGGAAAGUGAGUAUACUUUGGGAUGGAUCCAUCGUUGUAGAAGUCGGAGGCAUAGAACUCGGGCAGGGGCUUUGGACAAAGGUAAAGCAAGUGGUUGCUUAUGCUCUUGCUCAAAUUCAAUGUGAUGGCACUGAAGACCUUGUCGACAAGGUGAGAGUCGUACAGCUGGACACCUUGAGCUUGGUACAAGGAGGAUUUACUGCAGGGAGCACGACAUCUGAAUCGAGCUGUGAAGCUGCUAGACUAUGCUGCAGUGUCUUGGUCGAAAGACUAACCCCUCUUAAGGAAAAGUUGCAGGCGGAUACAGGGUCCGUGGAUUGGAAAACUCUGAUUCUUCAGGCUAAUUCCGCAGCUGUAAACUUAGCAGCGAAUUCUCUCUUCGUUCCCGACCCCACUGCCACAAAAUACUUGAACUAUGGGGCUGCAGUGAGUGAGGUUGAGGUAGAUAUCCUUACUGGAGGAACGAAGAUAUUGAGAACGGAUAUCGUGUAUGAUUGUGGGCAGAGCAUGAAUCCAGCUGUGGACUUGGGGCAGAUUGAAGGAGCUUUUGUGCAAGGACUAGGAUUUUUCAUGCAAGAAGAAUACGCUACUGAUCCGGAUGGAACGAUGGUUGCGGAGGGCACGUGGACGUACAAAAUCCCAACUCUCGACACCAUCCCCAAACAGUUCAAUGUCCAAGUCCUCAACAGCGGCCAUCAUCAGCAACGUGUUCUCUCGUCUAAGGCUUCCGGGGAGCCACCGUUGCUGCUGGCAGCAUCAGUACACUUUGCUACAAAGGCAGCAAUUGGAGAGGCAAGAAAACAGCUGAAAUCAUGGGGGGCAGUAGAAGGGACUGAAUCGAGGUUCCAGCUAGACGUUCCUGCGACCAUGCCGGCUGUGAAGGAGCUCUGUGGCCUCGACAGCGUCGCUACUUAUUUGCGUAGUAGGCUCUCUCCCUCACAAAACUGAUGAAGCCCCAUUAGAAAGGAUGGUUCAAGGCAUAAGAAGAGCAUUCACCAAGAGUCUUGAAGAUCUAUACUUCAUCUAUCUACAGUCACCUAAACACGGGGAAUUCAGUAUCUCUCAUUUCUGGGAUCUUCUUGAUUCUAAUGAGUAUUAUGCAGGGGUCAUGAAUAAGAGAAUGGGGCCUUGUAUCUUUUAUUCAUAGAUCUAGUGGUUGCAUGAUUUUAUGUGUUCUCUGAUGCAGUCUGUUAAAUUUGUUGUUUCUCAUUGUAAUAGGUAUGCAAUGGUAUCUUUAUGGUGUACAUAAUUACAUAUGAUGUGUCUAUUGUUUCGAGUUGUUUCUUA